AUGACAGAUACCACUAACUCAACACCAGAAGAAAUUAAAAUUCAAACAAAAGAUCUAAGACCGAAAAAAUCAAGAACACAAGCAUGGGACGGAUGGAGACCAGGUCCAUAUGGUCCACCAAGUGCACCAAGUAUGGAAAGAAGAAUCGCAGAAGAGAGUGCAUUAGAAAUGGCAGCGAUUUCAGGUCAUGGUAGACAGGAUGGUAGAGCUCGUAAAAUUCGUCCUAGACGUACGGUUGAUAUUGGGGGUAGUAUGGCUCGUUGGAAUUUGAUGAGGUCGCUUAAAACUUGCGCGGAUGAGCAUUAUUUCAUUAGACCGUGUAUUGAUCAUUUAGUUGAAUUCUUACCACCUCAAGCCUAUCCGAGAAACCCAUCUACUUCGAUACUAACGAAAUAUGUUCACACGUCUACAAAUAAAGUCCGAUGUCCCAUAAAUAUAGUCAGAUUUACGCCUGACGCGCGAAGAGUGUUGACCGGUGCAACUAGUGGAGAAUUUACACUUUGGAACGCGUUGACAUUCAAUUUUGAGACAAUCUUACAAGCUCAUGAUACAGCUGUUAGAGCAGUAGAUUGGGCCAAAUCUGGAAGUUGGUUGGUCUCAGGUGAUAAUGCAGGCAUGAUUAAAUAUUUUCAACCCAACAUGAAUAAUUUACAAGUCUUUGAAGGUCAUAAGGAUAGUGUACGAGAUAUCUCGUUUUCACCUAACGAUUCUAGGUUUGUGAGCUGUGGUGAUGAUGGUCUGAUCAAACUGUGGGGAUUUGAGGAAAGACGUGAGGAACGUAAUUUGGUUGGACAUGGAUGGGAUGUGAGAUGUGUGAAAUGGCAUCCGACCAAGGGACUGUUAUGUUCGGGAGGUAAAGAUAGUUUGGUGAAGUUUUGGGAUCCCAGAAGUGCGAAAUGUUUGGCUACAUUACAUGGCCAUAAGAGCAGUGUACAAGCCUGUGCAUGGAAUCCGAAUGGACACAUUGUUGCGACUGGAUCGAGAGAUCAAUUGAUCAAAGUCUUCGACAUUCGAAUGAUGAAAGAGUUGGUAGCCCUCCGAGGUCAUAAGAAAGAAGUUUGCUCUCUCACAUGGCAUCCAAUUCAUCAUGAUAUACUUACUUCUGGUGGAUCCGACGGAACAAUCCUCUAUUGGUGUUUGCCAGAGUCUGAACCAGUAGACGAAUUGGAAUUUGCACAUGACGGUUGUGUUUGGGCUCUUGAUUAUCAUCCACUUGGACAUACACUGGUCAGCGGUAGUAACGACCACACUACUCGUUUUUGGAGUCGAGGUAGGCCAGGAAUAAAGAUCGCAAAUGAUAAGUUCCACAUAGGAAAAGAACAGGCAGCUAUGGGAAGGGAUUUAGCCGCUGGGAAGAUGAAGUGGAAGACUCCUCAGUCUAAAGGGGGUGGUGGCGGCGGCGGGGGUGGAGGAGGAGGAGGAAGAGGGAUGAGUCGAUGGUCAACAAAUAUCAAUAUUGGUGGUGCUGAUGUCACAGGGGAGUUGGAUGAGUUUGGAAGAGAAAUACCACCACAAAAUAAAGACACUGGAAAGAAUUGGUGA